AUGUACACUAUUCCUUUUGCGCGCAUAUCUAAUGCAAUUUUCCUAUCUAUUUCCUUACAGGUCAGCCAGCUGCAUCUCCCCGACGGUGGCAAAAAGCUACGAUUUAUCACGAGGGGUCACAUGAUUGGCGCGGCGGUGUUUUUCUUCGUCGGAUACGCCUACAUCAAAUCGGUCAUCAACCCAGACUCCAUGUGGGGAAAGGCCGUCAAUAGUAUCCACGAACAGACCGUACAAUGGACGGACACGCGGAGUGAGGAGGAGAAAAACGCGCCGAAUCUCGACCGGCUGAACAGCAUGAAA